GCCAUGGCCGACCAGCUCAACCCAGAAGAGGAGAGCCUCCUCCAGUCCGCACUGCAAACGGCGUUCUCACCCGCGCCCCUGCCCAAGCAGCCCGUCCUCCCAGAAAACCCCCCAGAGCCGGAAACUGCACCCGAGGCCGCACCCGCGGAGGAGCCCGCCGCUACAGACAGCGUGCCGACGUACGACUCUGCCGAGGACGUGUGGAAGGCCGAGUACGAGGGGCACGUCGCGGAAUGGCGCCGCCGCUCUGCCGAGCAGCGUGAGCUCGCCGAACGCGAGCGUGCCCGCUGGGAGGAGAUUCGCCGCCGUGAGCGCGCGGAGGGCCGCCCGCCGCGCAGCGAGAGCGGCUGGGAGAGCGUCGGCGGCAGCACCAGCGCGUCUGUCGUCAUCGAGGGCAGCACCCGCGCCGCCAGUGUUGCGACCGGCGAGCCAAGCGUCGCGGAUGCCCGCGACCUCGUCAGCGGUGAGCAUUCCGGCAAGCACUCCAAGGAGGAGCUCGAGAAGAUCCUGCCCGGCGCACCCAUGCACGCACAAACGCCCACGCCGCCAGACGCGGAGUCGCACAAGUGGGAGGACAUCCACUCGGACUCGCUCGCGUCCUCGUACCCGUCGCUCUCGUAUCCGUCCGACCCACACUCGCCCUCCUCCGGCUCGCACCCGCGCCUCCACGCGCCCCCACGCGCGGGCCACCACGACGCGCACGCGGGCCCCCACCAUGCGCACGACCCAGCGCCGCCCACACCGGUGUCUACUGCGACGCAUGCCAUCUUCGACUCCUCGCUGUCCACGCGGACGCGGGUAUUUGCCCUGAUCGCGAGUCUGGCGGUCAACGUCGGUCUGCCGUUCAUCAAUGGCGUGAUGCUCGGCUUUGGCGAGAUCUUUGCGAAGGACGUUGUCGUGGGCUGGUUUGGCUUCCGGCGGGGGACUGCGGCUGAGGAGGCAUUGAGGGGGCGGCAGAAGAGUCCCGGCUCGAGGGAAGCGGGAGUGGGGCUCGGUGUCCCAAGAUAGUUGUUGCUUGGACGAGUAUUUGAAGACUAUGUACUCGUCUUGCAUACAACAUACCACAUUCUAGGGCUGCAUGGCAUGCUGACCAUCACCACACGCAAAAUAAAGAAGUCUCCGGUA